GCUCAGUGGUUCUGGGGGUGUCGCGGGUGAAAAAAAAACAAAUUGUACCGAUAUGAAGUUGUUGGUGACGUUGGCGUUGGUGGCGGUGGUCGUUGGGAGUUGCAUGGGAGCUCCUGGCACCGUUGGUCGAAUUGUUGGUGGAAAGGACACGACCAUCGAGAACCAUCCGUAUCAAGUUUCGCUGAGACGCAGGGGAACUCACACCUGCGGGGGUGCUAUUCUGAACGAGAAUACCAUUCUAACGGCUGCGCACUGUGUUUAUUAUACCGAUUCAGAACCAUCAGAAUUCUCAAUUCGUGCUGGAUCUACGUUGCGCAACGAAGGAGGACAACUGAUCACCGCUUCCGAGAUCUUCAUUCAUCCGUGGUACGAUGACUGGACUCUGGACUGGGACAUUGCGAUUUUGAAACUGGAGCAGAACCUUGAGCUUGGCCCAGCCGUUCAGAAGAUCGAUCUACCGGAGGCAACGCUGAAAAUUCAACAUGGAACUCUCGCGUCGAUCGCCGGAUGGGGAACGCUCUACUACCAAGGACCCAGCACCAAUCACCUGCAGCAGGUUUCGGUGCCGGUCGUAGACAACGUGAUCUGCAGCCAGGCGUACCAGAACUUUGGCUCGAUCCUGUCGUACCAUCUGUGUGCCGGCGAUGCCGGAAUUGACGCUUGCCAGGGUGAUUCCGGUGGUCCGCUGGUGUACGGCGGCCAGGUCGUCGGAAUCGUGUCCUGGGGCUACGGAUGUGCCUUCAAGGGUUACCCGACGGUGUACACGCGCGUGUCCGACUUUAUCGAGUUCAUUCAUGAGCAUAUGUGAAAAAAGCGAAAAAAUGUUUGGUAAUAAAUGACUGUCUAACUAGC